CUGCAGCUCUGGCCCGCCCACCUGGCCGGGUCCUGCCGGCUCUAACCGGAAGCUCCUCCGCGGACUGUGCACAGUUCCAGCAGGUGCUUUCCUAGCUUGGACACACAGGUCCUCCUCUGAUUCAGAUACCUCCAGUCCCAGCUCUUCCUCCUCCAGGACUCUGUGCCCCAGGGCUGCCUGGCAUCUGGGAGUCUCCUUAGAGCCAGGGCUCUUCUGGCAGAGGCUGAGGCUCAGCAGUGUCUUCUGGCCCCUCAAUGAGUGAGGCAAACCGAACCAUUGUGGGGCCCUCGGAGCUCCCCACAGCAUCAGCUGUGUCCCCUGGACCGGGCAGUGGGGCCCGGGCAUGGCCGGUGCUGGUGGGGGUUGUGCUGGGGGCUGUGGUCCUCUCUCUCCUCAUCGCACUUGCUGCCAAAUGCCACCUCUGCCGCAAAUACCGUGCCAGCUACCAGCACCGCCCGCUGUCUGGGACAGGGAAAGGGGUCCGCCCCGCGGUGGGUGAGGAUGAGGAUGACGAUGGCUUCAUCGAGGACAAUUACAUUCAGCCUGGGGUUGGUGGGCUGGGGACAGAGGGAAGUAGGGACCACUUCUCCCUCUGAGCCCCCAUCUUUGGACCCCCCCACCCCCAACCCUAUACCUGACAGCUUAAGGAUAGCAGAUACUUCGUGGGAACCACAAGCCUCAGGGACUUGGUGGCUAGGGCUUAAGAGCUGACCAGGGAUCCCUUCCUUGACACUAGCCACCAAAGUGACCAUGACCCUCUUUUGCUCAGUAACCCUCGAUGGCUUCCUGCUGUUCAUGGGAUAAAGCCUACCAAGGGCCUGGCUAUGAAAUCAGGCCUCUGUCAGCCUUUGGUUUCCUUUCUUGCCUUUGCCUACUUUACUCUCUACUUAACUAAUUAUUUCUUAUUCCUUCCCUGCCUACCAUGCUCUUUCUCCAUGGACCUUUGCUCACACCCUUCCCUUGUCCCACUGCCCUUCUCUUCUCCCAAAUCCUUUGUGACAGUGAUGAAAAUCCCCGGCCAGUAGACCCCAUGUGGCCUGCCUAUUCGCCAGCAUUUCAGACGUGCCCAGAUGAUAACAUCUUAGCAGUUGACAAUGAGUGUGCCAAGUUUCUUACUGAGAUUUUUUUUCCUAUCAAUAAAGUGGGUAAUCUAAAUAGUUAUAUUAUGUUUUUCACAUAUAUUAAUAAAUCUAUUUUCAUUUUAAAUAAAAAUAAAAAGAUGCUCAUU